AUGCCACGAAUAGAUACUAUUGUUACUAGCAGUAAUAAUCAUCAUCAUAAUGUCAUUGAAAAUGAACCAAUACCUUUAAAAAUGCUUGCAAUUGCUCAAAGAGUUGAAAGAAGAAGAGAUGGGAAUGCUGGUAACACCUUAACUGUUUUAUCACAACUCCCUUUAACAACAUGUCAUUUUAUGGCCUCUAUGGCUUCAAAAGAAGCCUCAAUAUUUUUAAUACAGGAUUUUAAAGUUCAUGAUAUAAACACUUCGGCAUGUAUAUUCAGAUCUAAUGCAACUCAUGCUCCGGUAGCAUAUAUAAUGCAUGCUGACAAUACAAGUUCAAGAACGAUUAUAAAUUAUAAUAGCAUAGAUGAAUUAGCAUUUGAUGAAUUCAAAAAUAAAAUUUGA